AGAUGAGCUGAGCUUCACCUUCACCUCCCCAACGCCACCACUUCCUCGGUCCGAGCGUCCAAGAUCACGUCUUCACCACUCCCUCGCCAUAAAGAAACCCGAAUGCCGAGCUCCUUUCCAUCACUCAACUCCAUCUCCGCAGUCGCUCGCACGUGACGCGAGCGCGCGGCCCCAUGCCCGCCCCCUAGCCCGCGCCGCGACCCCCCGCCGAGCUCCUCCGUCAAGGGAUCCGACGAGGACCGAUGCUGGAGGAGGAGCACGGGGCCAUGGGGGCGGACGGCCUCGCCGGCAGCGCGCCGGAGCGGGGCGGCGGGUGGGCGGAGGCGGCGCUGGAGCCGGUGCGGUGGGUGCGGAUGCUGUGCCGGGAGCUGGGCGCGACGUUCGUGGCCGGGGUGGUGCUGGUGUACGGCCUCAACCAGGGGUUCGCCGGCUCCUUCUUCCGGGUGGCGUCCGACUACUACUGGAAGGACGUGCAGCGGGUGCAGCCGGCCACCGUGCAGUUCCUCUCCAUCUUCUUCCACGUCCCCUGGGUCCUCAAGCCCCUCUGGGGGGUCAUGACCGACGUCUUCCCCGUCCGAGGCUACCGCCGCCGCCCCUACUUCGUCUUCUCAGGAAUGCUUGGAAUGUUUUCAACUGCUAUUCUUGCCAGUGUUGGACUAUCAGUGACUUCUGCAGUAGUUUGCUUCGUGGGAAUCUCCACAGCAGUUGCCAUUGCUGAUGUUACAAUAGAUGCAUGCAUUGCAAAGAACAGUAUUGACAAGCCAGCAUUGGCCCCAGACAUGCAGAGCCUUUGUGCAUUCUCGUCGUCGCUAGGUGCACUUAUUGGGUAUGCUACAAGUGGCAUGUUUGUCCACCAUCUAGGAGCACAGGGUGCAUUAGGUGUGAUGGCUUUACCUCCUACUAUGUUGGUUUUCCUAGGAUUUUACAUAUAUGAGCUGAAAAUGUAUCAGCAUAACAUGAAAGAGAAGGUUUUGAACAAGGUUACUGUGGCAGUUAAAGGGAUGGUUCAGACAAUAAAGUAUCCAGUAGUGUGGAAACCAUCUCUUUACAUGUUCCUUUCGCUGGCCCUCAGUAUCAGCACUCAUGAGGGGCAGUUCUACUGGUACACUAACAAGGAACCGCCUAAUCCUGGAUUUUCACAGGAAUUUGUGGGGAUGGUGCACGCCGUCGGCGCGGUGGCGUCCAUGGUGGGCGUCCUGAUCUACCACAAGAACCUCAAGGACUACCCGUUCCGGAGCAUCCUCUUCUUCGCCCAGCUCCUGCACGGCGCCUCCGGCCUCCUCGACCUCACCUUCGUGCUCCGGUGGAACCUCGCGCUCGGCGUCCCGGACGCGGUCUUCGUCACCCUGGAGGAGUGCGUCUCCCGGGUCGUCGGCCGCGUCCGGCUGAUGCCGAUGAUGGUCCUCAGCACCAAGCUCUGCCCGCCGGGCGCCGAGGGCACCUUCUUCGCGCUGCUCAUGUGCAUCGACAGCCUCGGCAUGCUGGUCGCCAAGACCGGCGGCGCCUUCGUGCUCCGGGCCCUGCACGUGACGAGGACCGAUUUCAGCAACCUCUGGCUCGCCGUGCUGCUGCGGAACCUGCUGAGGCUGUCCGCGCUGGGCGCCAUCUUCCUGGUGCCCACCGCCGACCAGACCGACGUGCUGCUCCCGCAGGACCUCCUCAGCUCCGGCUCCCCGGCGGCUGCCGCCGGCGACGAGGAAGAGAGGUUGUUGCAGCUCGGGAAGCUCACUUCUCACACUGACGACGAUGUAUGAUCCGCACAGGUACUAUAUUGCGCGCACACACGCACGAAGAAAGAAACAAAGAAAGAAAGGAAAGGAAGGGAAAUAGAAGUACUCCCUCCAAUUCAAAUUAAUUGACGCGGUACAAUUGUAGGGAGUAAUACAGUACUCAUACUUAUCCACUACAAAGAUGGCGCCAUGCAGCUCCGAUACCACUGCACAAAUUAGUAUGUUUCUUUUCAAUAUGGAACAUUUUUUUCGUGGAAAUUAGGGGGGCUCAUUCGGUGGCAAAAUGGCAUCAUUGUUGGACCGCAGCCUUGACGGGAAAAUCUUAUUGAGGUGAUAUAUGAUCAGAUUUUAUUAUUUAGCUGUAA